CGCUCUGUCCCUGUCCCGGUGACGUCACUCCAAAGAUGGCGCUGUCCUGCAAGAGUGGUGCUGCCAUGAAGAAAUAUCUACUGCUCUUGGCGCAGGAGAACUGCGAAUUCCGACUCCCGGAAAUAAAGUCUCUAUUAUGCCUUAUUGGAGGACAUCUGUAUAAUCUACACGAUAUAAAUGAAAAGUCACCUUUCUGUAUACUUCAUAUUCCUUCGGAAGAUAUGGCGAGAAAGCUUAUGAAGAGGACAGUUUGUGCGAAAUCAGUUUUUGAGUUGUGGGGUCAUGGGAAGUCCUUGGAAGAGUUACAGCAAUCUCUCCUUACCUACCCUUCAGAAAAGAUGGUAUCCUAUCUGCAACCUAACUCCACGUAUAAAAUCAAUAUCCACACAUUUAAUAAAACCUUGUCACAGAAAGAAAAGCUUGCAAAGAUAGAGGCCUUGGAAUUUCUGCCAUUUAGAGGAAAAGUGAGUUUACAAAAUGCUGAGCAUAUAUUUUAUUUGAUGGAGGAUUAUGGUCCAGAGCCAAACAAUCCCCGCAAAGAGCCCCUACAGAUCUUCUUUGGCCGUUGGAUUGCAGAUGGACAGCGAGAACUGAUCAAUUCUUACAGCGUCAAGAAGAGACACUUUAUUGGGAACACGAGCAUGGAUGCUGGCUUAGCUUUUAUUAUGGCGAACCAUGCAAGAGUAAAACCCAAUGACGUGGUGUUUGAUCCGUUUGUUGGAACUGGUGGUCUUUUAUUACCGUGUGCUCAUUUUGGAGCUUAUGUAUUGGGCACUGAUAUUGAUUACAACACAGUGCAUGGUUUGGGUAAAGCCUCUCGGAUGAACCAGAAAUGGAGAGGUCCUGAUGAGAAUAUCAGAGCAAAUUUACGCCAGUAUGGAUUAGAGAAAUACUACCUGGAUAUCCUCCUCUCUGAUGCAUCAAAGCCCAUCUGGAGGAAAGGUCCAAUGUUUGAUGCCAUCAUUACAGAUCCGCCGUAUGGUAUUCGAGAGUCUACUAGGAAAACAGGCACACAGAAAGAGAUCAUGAAAACUGAGCUCUUCCCUGAAAGCCACGUCCCUGUCCAGUUGAAUUACCACUUGAGUGAUAUCUUUUCGGAUCUGUUGAACUUUGCGGCGGAAUUCCUGGUUAUAAGCGGAAGACUAGUCUAUUGGCUGCCGGUGUACAGACCAGAAUAUACUGAGGAAGCUGUACCCUGUCACCCAUGCCUGAAAGUUAUUAGCAACUGUGAACAGAUGCUGUCCAGCCACACGUCCCGCCGCCUCAUAACAAUGGAAAAGGUGAAGGAGUUUGAGGAAGAAGACCAAUUUUCUCACAUCAAGGACGGCCAGUAUACGCCAUAUAAGGGGCACAAUUCAUUUCGUGAGAAGUAUUUCAGUGGUUUGACAAAGAGAAUGGCACGAGAAGAGAGAGCAAGGAACGGGGGACCUAACACUGGAAAUUACAUUGUCACAGAAAAUCGUGAAGAGGUCUAGCAGACGGAGCUCAUGCUAACAAAAUCUAAAGGAAUGCAUCAACAAAUAAAAUCAAACCUUUUUUUUAA